GGUUACGUUACGUAUGUAUUCUAAAGAAGGAACAGGUUUUACUUGCUUGGAGACGUGUCACGUCAGCCGGUUGGGUUGACGUUUGACAAUUGGAUUAUACGUUUAUAUGGUGGUAAUUUAUGUGAAUUUCUGCAAGAAUCGCUAUUUAUUUAGCUAGAAAUGCUGACCAAAUUUGAAACGAAAUCUGCGCGAGUAAAAGGAAUAUCAUUUCACGCUAAGCGACCAUGGGUCUUAGCAAGUUUACACAAUGGUGUGAUUCAGCUAUGGGAUUACCGUAUGUGCACUUUAUUGGAGAAAUUUGAUGAGCACGAUGGUCCUGUACGUGGCAUUUGUUUCCACAUUCAACAGCCUUUAUUUGUAUCAGGAGGAGACGACUACAAAAUCAAGGUAUGGAAUUAUAAGCAAAGAAGAUGCCUCUUCACUUUGUUGGGCCAUUUGGAUUAUAUACGCACUACUUUCUUUCACCAUGAAUACCCUUGGAUAUUAAGUGCAUCUGAUGAUCAGACAAUAAGAAUAUGGAACUGGCAGUCUCGUCAGUGCAUCAGUGUACUCACUGGCCACAAUCAUUACGUCAUGUGUGCUCAGUUCCAUCCAACUGAGGACUUUUUGGUGUCUGCCUCUUUGGAUCAGUCAGUUCGUGUGUGGGACUUCUCAGGCCUAAGAAAGAAGAGUGUAGCUCCUGGUCCAGCUGGACUAGCUGAACACCUGAGGAAUCCACAAGCUACAGAUCUCUUCGGACAGGCUGAUGCAGUAGUUAAACAUGUACUGGAGGGGCACGACCGCGGCGUUAACUGGGCCUCUUUCCACUCAACACUGCCAUUAAUAGUAUCCGCUGCGGACGACAGACAAGUCAAACUAUGGAGAAUGAAUGACGCAAAGGCGUGGGAAGUGGACACGUGUCGCGGCCAUUACAACAACGUCUCUUGCGUAUUGUUCCAUGCACGACAUGAACUCAUACUGUCAAACAGCGAGGACAAGUCGAUAAGAGUCUGGGACAUGACUAAAAGAACUUGCUUGCACACAUUCAGAAGGGAACAUGAGAGGUACUGGGUGUUAGCGUCUCACCCCAGUUUAAAUUUGUUUGCUGCGGGCCACGACGCCGGUAUGAUCUUGUUCAAGUUGCAACGUGAGCGACCAGCCUACGCAGUCCACAACAACAUGUUAUUCUACAUAAAAGACAGGCAAUUGCGCAAGUUAGAUAUGCAGACUAAUCGUGACUCACCAGUGAUGCAGAUAAAAGGAGGUGGACGCCAUCAACCGCAUAGUAUGUCGUUAAAUCAUGCGGAAUGGUGCGUACUAGUGAAUUGGCGUAUAGGCGAUAAUAGCUCUUAUGAGCUGUACAGUGCGCCUAAAGACAACGCUGAUACAUCACCUUCGGAACCGGCCAGAGGACCCGCUACUACUGCAGUGUGGGUGGCAAGAAAUAGAUUCGCUGCAUUAGAAAAGAAUAACCAGUUGGUAAUUAAGAACUUAAAGAAUGAAGUUUCCAAGAAAAUUUCAACUCCUACAUGCGAGGAAAUCAUGUACGCGGGAACUGGAAUGCUGUUGUUACGCGAGCCUGACUGCGUUCAACUGCUAGAUGUGCAACAGAAGAGAACUAUUGCUACUGUGAAAGUAGCGAAAUGCCGUUACGCUAUAUGGAAUUCUGACAUGUCCCUGGUGGCUCUACUGGGCAAGCACACGGUGACAUUGUGCAGUAAGAAGCUAGAACAAUUGUGUAGUAUUACUGAAGGGGCUCGCGUUAAGUCUGGCGCGUUCGACGAUUCCACGCCCCAACCUGUGUUCAUAUACACCACUGCCAAUCAUAUCAAGUACUGCUGCAAAGACGGUGAUUACGGCAUCAUUCGCACGUUGGACGUCCCCGUGUACGCGGUGAAAGUGCUCGCUAAUGAGACGGGCGCGCGAGUCGUGUGUCUCGACCGCGAAUGUCGACCAAAAGUACUGAACAUAGACCCCACAGAGUACAGGUUCAAGCUCGCGCUAUUGACUCGUCAGUACGACCAAGUUUUACACAUGGUGAGGACGGCGAAACUAGUCGGACAGAGUAUCAUCGCUUACUUGCAAGAUAAAGGUUACCCGGAGGUGGCCCUCCACUUCGUGAAGGACCCCCGCAGCCGGCUGUCGCUGGCGCUGCAGUGCGGCAACAUCGAGGUGGCGCUGGAGGCGGCCAAGAGCCUGGACGAGGCCCACGCGUGGGACAAGCUCGCGCACGCCGCGCUGCAGGCCGGCAACCAUCAGAUCGUCGAAAUGUGCUACCAGCGUACAAAGAACUUCGACAAGUUGUCCUUCCUAUAUCUAAUAACUGGCAACUUGGAGAAGUUAAGUAAGAUGAUGAAGAUAGCGGAGAUCAGAAAAGAUGUAUCCGCUCAAUUCCAAGGUGCUAUACUGCUAGGUGACUGUAUGGAGAGGAUACGGCUUCUCAAGAACGCUGGACAGAUUUCUCUCGCUUAUUUAACGGCGGUCAACAACAAGCAAACUGCCGAAGCUGAGAAUCUGAAGACUGCCUUAUUAGCAGCAGGCUUACCUGUGCCGGAAGCGAAUCCCACCGCGGAGGUGAUUUGUCCACCGGUACCUGUUGUACGGGCACAAACCAACUGGCCUUUACUGGCCGUCUCCAAGAGUUUCUUCGAAGUAGCGAGUAAUGUGAGAGGGGCGGGGGAAUCGGAUGCAGCUGUUGCAGCUGUUGGGGACGAACCGUUGGAAGCGGGAGGAGCGUGGGGAGACGACGAAGAUGUCUUACAAGAAAAGGAGGACGGCGAACCCGAAGAGCCAAUGGAAGACGCUUGCGAUGAUGGUGGAUGGGAUGUAGAUGAUGAAGGUUUGGAGUUGCCAGAGGAAUUGGCGCCUGUUUCUGCUGACAUCGACGGUGGUGAAGAAUCGGCCCAGUACUUCGUGGCACCCACUCGCGGUACAAGCGUCGCACUGUUGGGUAAACUGCGUACCGCACACGAUCAUGUUGCCACUGGACAGUUCGAGAUAGCUUUUAGGUUGUUGAACGAGCAAGUGGGUAUAGUGAACUUUGAGCCAUACUUGGAGACAUUCCUGGGCAUGUACGCAGCAGCCAGAUUGACCUUCGGAGCUUUGCCCUCCGUGCCUCCACUGGUAGCUCACUUACAUCGUAACUGGAAGGAAGCUAGCGGAAAAGAUCUACUGCCUAUCAUCACUGUAAAACUCAACGAUCUUGUCAGCCAACUUCAACAAUGUUACCAGCUGACUACAGCUGGCAAGUUCACUGAAGCUGUCGAGCGUUUGCAGCGUAUAGCUCAGAGCAUACCUCUCCUGCACGUGGACACCAAGCCUGAACUGACUGAAGCCACGCAGCUGCUGCAGAUAUGCAGGGAAUACUUGCUCGGAUUACAGAUGGAGACCGCUAGGAAAGCGAUGCCGAAAAACACACUAGAAGAACAGAAGCGCACGUGCGAAAUGGCCGCGUACUUCACACACUGUAAACUACAGCCGGUCCACCAAAUCCUGACCCUCAGAACAGCCCUCAACAUGUUCUUUAAACUGAAGAAUUUCAGGACGGCCGCAUCCUUCGCCCGUCGUCUUCUAGAACUGGGUCCUCGUCCGGAAGUAGCUCAGCAAGCGAGGAAGAUAUUACAAGCGUGCGAGAAAACUCCGACGGACGAACACCAACUAUAUUACGACGAGCACAAUCCAUUCAAUAUUUGCGGUAUAUCAUACAAACCUAUAUAUAGAGGGAAACCGGAGGAAAAGUGCUCCCUUUGUUCUGCGUGCUUCCUACCUGAACACAAAGGUAAACUGUGCCCAGUUUGCGGAGUCGCAGAAAUCGGCAAAGACGUCCUAGGCCUCAGAAUUUGCCCGUUACAAUUCCAGAGAUAAAUUCCUGAUUAUAUGUACUUUUAAUUAUAUUGUAAGUUUAUUAUAGAAUAAAUAAUAUUGUAUCGAGUUUCAUUAAUUGUUUUUGUUUGAACGAAAGAUGUGUGUAAAAAUGUUUCGUAGGAUAUUAUUAUAAUUAUUCGAUAUUUUUAUAUAUAAAAGUAUAAAUAUGUUAAUGAAUAAGAAAAAAUGCUGAUCGAUUCGUUUGAAUAGUUUUGAAAUUCAAUAAAGUGCCAGGAGUAUCCAGUUUUAGUUUGAUUAUUAAUUAUAAUGAUGUUAAUUAAAUACGAUAGUUGUUUAUAAAGUUUUUAUUUAUAUUAGUUACUAUAAUGAAAUAUUGGAAACAUAAAUUAGUGAAUGAAUUAUCUUAUUGUAUUAAAAUUAAUUUAAACAUCCACUGGCUUCACCUCUUCUUUUCCAGAUCUGUAAAUUCAAUAUUCAACAAUUGUAUUAUUUU